GUGACAGCAGAGGGUACAGAGUGAGGCACAUGCAGUAUAGUCGAUGGACACAGGUUUCAAGAUGGACGCCUCCCUGAGUACCAUCGGCCAAGGCUGUUUCGGAAAAGUCUACAAAAGGACGUACAAGGGAAAGCUCGCGGCAAUCAAGAGAGUGCCUGAAGAGCGCCUGCAGGAGAGGAGCCUGGACAGAGAAUGUAGAAUUUACCAACAGAUGAAUCAUCCCAAUAUCGUGAAGCUCCUAGAUUCACCCUGGAGGGAAGAUGGCAAGUGGCACUUCCCACUGGAGUUUAUCACUGGAGAAGAGCUGGAGAUUGCCCUCUUCCAGAGAAGGAAUUCCAAAAUCCAGCUGACCAUGCCCAUCAAGGCCACCAUCAUCACGGGCAUGUGCCAGGGUCUGCACUACCUCCACCAGAAGAGGAUCGUCCACCAGGACCUCAAGCCAGACAACAUCAUGGUGGAGUACGACACGUACCGCCCGGUGCUGAUCGACUUCGGGGUCGCCAAGAUCAUUUACUGCGGGGGCAUAUCGACCGCCCCCAACAUCGGUAACGAGGCCUACGCCGCCCCGGAGAUUUUCUCCGGCCAGCUCCGGAGCGUCAAGUCCGACGUCUGGGCGAUGGGGAAGGUCGUGGCGGAGCUGCUGCUGGAGUGCCGCCUGGAUCCCAGGAGGAGUCUAUCGUGGAACCUGGGCGUCCGCCUGCGGGGGUCGCCGUACCUGCAGCCGCUGGACACGAUGACCUCCCUCACGUGUGUGAGGCGCGCCGCGAUGGCCGACGUCAUCGACAGCAUCGUGAAGGCGGGGGAGUCCUUCCCCUUGGGCGCAGCCCCGCACGCCGACAAGGAAGCCGAAAGCGUCGCUUCGGGAGGGGGGUUUUCUGACCCCUCCUCCCAGCACCCGACGGUCGUUGCCAGGAAGCGGGGUAGCGAUUUCCCGAAGGCCAGAGAGCCGCCGGCUUACGCGCAGGCACAGCGUGCGGCUCCGGACAGGAAGGAGAUCGGAAUCACCAGGGGCUUGGGCCAGCUCACGCUUCUGGACAAUGCACUGUCCGGCAGGGGCAGUCUGUUGGAGAAGGUCUUCUCCGAGGGGGCACAGGGCUUACUGGCGCACCCCAGCAUGGAGGUCAGGAAGGAAGAACACCAGUAUUUCCGCUACGUCGCUACGCAGGUGGACAGCACCACGACCAGCCAGGUGACACAGGGGCGGGUGGAGAAGUCCCAGGGGAAAGUGGUCAGUGCCGAGUUCCUAGAAAGCUCUUACAAGCACUGAAAAUCAGGGGGAGCCCGAAGAGUGAGCCCUUCCCAACCCUGUCCUCCAGCAUUUUGUUGUAAAUGAGCUGUUAAUACUUCUCUUGAUCGACCUGUCCAUCUCCUCCUGCCUCACCAUUCUGGAUGACAAAAAACACUCCUUCCCCUCCUCCUUCUUUUUACGAACGCUGUUCUGUGAAGAUGCGAUACUACGAAGCAGGCGAAUUGUUACCCGCAUUUCGGAUAUCGAAAGCCGACUUCGAAACUGCGCAGAAGCGAUAGGGAGGAACAUUUCGAAACCUCCGCCACAGAGAGUAGAGAUGUCACACUCUGAACUCUGCUCAUGUGGUAUCGCAUUCCACUCACUCGCGUGGGCGAGAACGAGUCUAGGGAGUGGCAGGAGAGACGGGUGAUACUGUGCGCCUCGUGUAAGAAACGUUGUGGUUUAGACUUUAUCUUGUUGCGUAAAGCUGUUAAUGAAAAUUGUGAGUGUGCGUCAUUUUACAAAAAAGCAAAUAAAGUGGACGCAGUACUGUUCUUCGAUGACGUGGUAUCAGUAAUCGGGUUUUUAUUACUGAAAACACAAACCACAGUGUGAAUGAUAGUUAUUAGUGUUUCUUUUGUGAUUUGUUGGUGGAAAAAAAGUAAAGAUAGCGGUGACAUCUUUGGGGGCCGAAACGGAUCGUCAUUCCCCCCCCCCAUAAGAAAUAAUGAAAAUGGGUUUUUAUUUUCGCUAUUAGCAAGGAUUUCCGGCAACAAAUUACGUUCGUGAAAAAAAGAGUUACGGGCGUAAAUAAAAAGCAGCCUAAACGAGGCAAUCGCCAUUUGUAGUGAGGGUCCGGCUGGAAUGAAAAGCAGAGACCUGCUUUGAGCGGAGACCUCAGCUCGUCUCCUGUCCCAGAACCCCGUGUGCUCAAAUUCAAAUUCCAGUUUUCCAAAAAAGGGAAAGGAAACGCACCCUCCUCUUAUCUGCUGCUGGAAACCCUCUUGGAAGAGGGAUUGUUGAUUGUCCCAGCCCGUAAACCAGGCUCGCAGGUUUGAGUCUGGGCAGGAUGGGACAGUGAUCAGCGCCACACGGCCGGCAGGGGCUUGACAUGCUACACCGGAGGAGAGGGCCCUCUCAUAGCAGUCGAGCAAAAAACAAAACAAGUGAACAGAACGAUACAGUGUGUAUUUGCGAUUCACGGCUAUUUAGCAUUCUUAUGUUUAGCUUGGCUGUUCAUUUCUGUGUAAAUCUUACAGUAAAUGAAAGAUAUUAAACAUUUGUGUGAAUAUUUGAAGGUCCAUGAA